CUCAAAUCGCAACCCAAACAAGCCCGAGAAGGCCAAGCAGAAAUCGAGAAGCCUGUGAGUGCAAAUUAUGAUGAGCAAUUUUUAAUCCUCAUCCAAACCACAGUUCCUCAUGAUUGUCGCCAUGGCUGUGAACACCAUUUUUCUGAUGAGUUCAUUCAUCCUCAUUCAGCAAAUGGAAAUGGGAAAUUCCUCGCAAUCGAUUCGUUACACCUCGGAGCAAUAUCUCAUACAGGAGCAAUGUCCAAGCGAUCUCAAAACCAAAAUUUGGAGGGAGAUGCCCCAUUGCAAUCCACGAGAUAUCCUCGUCGACUUACCUUUGCCAUCGCAUUUGAACACUGUCCAGGAAGUGAUCCCUCCGCAAGUCAUGGCCAAACGAUGUCAGGGCGUUUGUGCCCAAGGCAACGACUACCAUCAAUGUGUUGCGAGACCAGAGGGGCGUUUCAAUAAAACUAUUGAGGUUCUUCUUCUCGAUAAAAAUGGCAAUUACAAAUGUGGAGAAACCCAAGUGGAGUUCCACGAGAGUUGUAAGUGCGGCUGUGAUCUCGAAGCGACGACGUGUUCUGCAGUCCAGUUCUACGACCAUGGAGUGUGCAAAUGCCGUUGUCAAGAUAUUCGGGCACAUCAGCGGUGCAUUCACUAUGGGACAAAACAAAAGUUCUGGGAUGAAUCCUCUUGCCGUUGCAUUUGCCGGGCUGAAAUGUUCAAAGCUUGCUCCACGGGCUUCGUGUAUGAUGGCCUGGAAACGUGCUCAUGUGUCCCGGGAUCGUCCCAAAAAGCGGCGGGUAUUGAAGUGUUGGGAGCGCUAAUCGUGAUAAUUGUGGUGUUGUUGGUGGGCAUUGCUAUUUUACUCUGGAGAGACCGGAGAAGGGCCAAAACUGAAAGUCAGCAACCAACAUCUGCGGAACCGACAGAGCAGCAACGUCUACAGGAUCAUCCAUAGACCGAGUGCUGACAACCCUGUAGGCGUAAUGAAUCUGCAAAUCUGUUUCGUCAGACUCUUUGCAUAUCUUCAACACGAAUCAAAAACCUGCUCAUAAUCCAAGGGUCUUAUCUUCAAGAUGUUCACCCAUCCUUAGAAUAUAUUUGUUGCAAUUCUUGAUUGAGUCAUGUCGUGAAAAUAUAUUGCAGAAUAAUUGCUCA